AUGACCACGAAUGUAUGGCGAUGUAUGGUGAUGACUAGGGGUAACGAAAACAAGUAUGGUAUGGUGACCGAUGUAUUUAUGUAUGAUGACAAAUGUAUGGUAGUUUUAACGGUUUUUCCUAUACAUGCGUUUGCAGUAGGAAAGGAGGGAAAUCUAACCUUAAAUG